AUGCAGCGCGGACCCCCUAACUCGACGAAGAUAGCAUCUUCGGCUUCACCACCAGCGCUGUCCACGUCGGGAGUUUUCAUCAAGAAGCGCACAAAGAAGGGCACAUCACCUUCCACGGUUGGGGCGGCGACAGCUUCAGCGGUGCCCGAGAGCACCACUCGAAGAGGACGCCACCCCUCUUCCUCCACACGCGUGAUAGGCAAGGGGCCCAUAAAGGCUUCCUCGGCGACCCCUGGACGAAAGGGUGAGUCCGCGUUACUCCAGUCGGACGCGUCGAGCGCGAUAACCAACACUGUAACUGCGCACUCACUGCCAUCCCCAACACCGUUUACCUCGUCAUCGCAUCUGCUCCCGCCCGCAGUGAACAGUGCGGGUGCGAAACGGUGCGCUUUAAGUAUCGCCACCGCAGGCUCAGCCACAAAGGCCCCAUCAGUCGCUGUCGCCAAUCUGCGAGGCAAGGGCUCCGCUGGCUCCCUUCCCUCCGCACCGGCGACAGCGCCUAAGCCAUCAUCGUUCACCGCUAAGGCGGCAUCGGGGAAAAGUGCCUCCGUAGGCUGCCGCAGCCGCACCGCCUCUGUCAUAAAGAUGGGCGGCCAGCGCGGCAGCGUCGCACCUCACCUCCCUGCUGUGUGCAGCGACAGGGAUGUCGUUGCAGCGGCUGCCAAGGAUCGCGGUAGCGAUGAUAGCGAGAAAUCAGAAGAGAGUACGCCACACUUGGGGUCAGCCAUCACCCCCAUUGUUGCUCUCGCUUUUCCUAUUGCCACCCGGGGCGAGAGCAGCAACGGUAGCCUCGCAGGUGCAGUCACAGACGUGCUGCCACCCUUACGCUUGCUGGCCAGUGCCGAGUCCAAGUUCAACCAUGGUGCGCACUCGCCGACUCGGCCGUCGCUGCACAAGACGCUGAGUAGUACAGCCCCGCAUCACCCUUCCCCACACGCCCCUGCGAGCUACAUCAAGGCACCUGUAGAUCGCGUGUCGUCACAGGCCUUAGUCAUGAACCCCCUCUCGCCUACGAUGAUCGAAGCAUCUUUACCAGAGCGGAAGUCAAGUAGUGGUGUGACCACCAGCACCAAAAUCGGUGUCGAUAGUGCCGUCGGCGGCUGGCGAGCACACUGCUAUGCGCCGACGAUCCCUUCGCAUAGCGCCGCUGCAGAGUGCGAAGGAGGAGCCGGAGGCGGCGGCGUGCCGGCGAAGGGGAAGACAGGCAAUAGACUCAGCAAGACCCCUGCCCAAGGAGUUGGUAGCCAGAGAGAUGACGAGCCCUCGAGUGACGAAGAGGGGGACGAUGAGGAUGGUAGCGACAAGGAAGACGAAGAGAGCGAGGACAACGACUACGAUGAUGGCGACACGUCAGACGAGGACGAUGAGAACGACGACGACAGCAGCGCUGAUGACGACGACGACGACGAUGCGUCGAUGUCGGCCUCAUCUUCCUCCUUAAGCACCUCGACGGCAUCGACCUCUGCCGGCGGCGGGAAGUCAUGGGGAAAGAAGCGGAGUAGCAAUAAACUGAAGCAGCACACUGCCGUGGUUGAGAAGAACUCGGCCGUGCCGUCCUCACCGUCAGAGUGUGCGCGGUGGCGCGGUGGACCCGAACCAGCGGCGCAGCUGACUCGAACAAAGGUGUCGAGAGAGGGUGACGUGAACGUAAAGGUCAUCUUCGCCGUUCGUUCUCGUCACUGCUUCCGCCGCUACGUGAAGGAGGUGAUGACGCGCUUCGGCUUUCAGAAGGCGACGGACUUCGAUAUGUACUGUAUUGAUCAGUACGGCGACCGCGUCGACAUCGACACGGCGGAGGACUUUGACCAGCUGCUUGACGCGUUCACCAUGGCCAUGACGGAAGGUAAGGAGGCUCUCGGCAGCUCCCCAUGCCUGCACGCCUCUUCGCCGCCGCCGCCGAUGUCCGUGGCGCCCCUCUAUCACCUUUACAGCGGCACUCAAAGCACGAGUGGCUGUAGAAUAUCCUCGCCAGUUGAUGGGCUAAACAUGAAUGACCAUGCCCACGCGCGAGCCAUGAGCUUCAGUGCAAACUACAACAACGCAUCCUCCUUCUAUGCCGGCAGGUCUUUCUCCUUAUUCCCCAGGUUGGAUGCGACCACCACGUCGUUCAUCAGCACCGGCGGCCUCGUGGAAGAUGAUGGCAAGAGCAGCGGCAGCGUGCUGCGGCUUUAUGUGCGCUACUCGAACGCCUACUACGCUGAGCACCGGCAAGAGUUCCAGCAGCAGAUGCAAGAGUGCCCGAGAUACCCGCAGAGCGUCUUGAGUAACGGUGGCAGCGGUACCCAUUGGCAGCAGCAGCUCUCGCUUGGCUCGCGUUCGAGCAAGGGGCAGCCUCAAGCAGACCUGUUUCCAAGCAGCCAUGUCUCGCCUGGUGAGACAGGCUUCCCCUUCGCGCGGAUGCUGUUUGCAAGCACGAGUGGUGGCGUUAGCAAAGGAUGUGGAGGCGUCGGCAACGCUUCAAGCCGCGACGAAUUCUGCGCUGGCUAUGGCCAAUCCGAAGACUGGCCUGGUACCUCCUUGGAAAGCGUGUCGCUGCAGUUCAGCGAGACACUCUGCAGCAAUCUUACCAAGACGUUCCAACUUGAGGAGGGGCAGCUGGUAGACUGGCGGCGCAUGAGCGUGCUUGGCAAGGGCUCCUUUGGCACAGUCUACGAGGGCAUCACCCAGGAUGGGAAGAUGUUGGCGGUGAAGGUGCAGGAGCUGCCUCUCGAUGACGGAGAGGAUGCGGAGGCGGUGAAGGCGUUGAAAACAGAGAUCAACCUCAUGCGUUUGCUGAAGCACAAGAACAUCGUCGCCUACUACGGGUGUCAGACUCGCGUGCUGCCGACAGGCAACCAGCAGAUGGAAGUCUUCCUCGAGCUAUGCCACGGUGGCAGUCUCGCCUCCCUGCGGCGGAAGUUUUCCAAGGCCAAGGAGCCAUUCAGCAUCUCGCUCGUGCGCUCAUACACUCGGCAGGUGCUGGAGGGGUUGGCCUACCUGCACGCCCAGAACGUCGUGCAUCGCGACAUCAAGAGCGACAACGUGCUCAUCUCUGCCAUGGGUGAGGCGAAGCUCGCUGAUUUUGGGUGCAGCAAGCGGUUG